AUGACUUCCUGGCUCAAUAAACAAAAGAAGCAGGCGUUGCUCGAGCUGUCCGCCGACGCUGGUCUCAAGCACGAUGACGGCCUUCUGAAAGACGAGAUCGUCGAGCGACUCGACAACUACCUUCAGCGCAAUGCGACGCGUCUUUCGCGCAACGCAACGUUCGAACCGUACUACAGCAGCAUGCGCCGAACACCCUUCAAACCGCGUAGCAGCAGUAGCGCGCCCGGCGUGACUAGUGGUGACGACGGCGAGGUUAAGAGUGUCGUCAAAGCACGGGGGAGGAGAACAACGAAGGUGAAGGACGAAGGUGAGGACGACUAUGCAAGCGCAUCGCCUUCUCAAGCAAUCGUGCCAUCUUCUUCAACAUUGGCGACGCGAACUCCUGGUCGACCUCGACGUCCAGAACUGCCAGCAUCGCCGGCUGACGUCGCGGACGAAGUUGAAUAUGCCACUCGCAGAAUGUCCGCAAACAUCGAUGACUUGUACACCGGCUCUGGCAUUCCUGAGUUUGUUGAGUCGGUCCGCGAGAUGUGCAGUUCCGUGAUCGGCGUCCAGGUGUCCUGCUUGCUUCUGGAAGGCAUCUGCCUCUCGAGGAAUCUUCUUCCACUCACACAAGUGGGCCCCGCCUUCACGAAGUCAUACGAGCUGUUCGGCCUGAGCAUCCCGGAGACGAGAUUGAUGCUUCCAAAUCUGUUCCAACUGGUUGAAUCCGACUUCUGGAUGCCGACGCUCCUGUGGUCAGCGACCUCCAUCUUCAUCCCGCUAUUCUUCGCCUACUUCUACAAUUUGAGUGUACGGGACAUCAAACGCGGUGGCACCAAAGUUUCCGUUGCCCGCUAUCGCGCGGAUCCACUGACCUUCAAUGUCGUCAAAGCACUACUUGCAUUCGUUGUAUACAACAACGAUCAUGUCUUCAGCUUCAUUCACCCGAAGCACGUCUGCAUGGUCAACGCGUCGAUGUUGGGGGGCUACCGCGCAAUGCUGGUCGGUGGCUACGUCGGCAUUCUCGCAACAAUGUAUGAGGCAGCGCAACGAAAGUAA